UUAAAACACCUUAAGAGCCUCCACAUUAAACACCACUGUACAUGCCAUUACAGGCCAAUCUGGCAUAGUACAUGCUUUUAGAGUAAGGUCACUCGCUAUGCAAAACAAAUUGCCACUAGAAUGUUUUUGUACUGCUGGUAACAUGUAAACUUAUGAAGUAAUAGCACUAUAUAACUGAAUGGUACUAUUAUGCAUCUGCUGGACCACCUAUUUGCGGAAUGCAGAAACCAGGGGGAGGAUUUGGUUAACAGAGGAGUGAUAACAAUGAAAGACAUUGAAGAAAUGAAGUCUGGCAAAGUUGGCAGCGGUGUUCUUAAUGUUGGCCUACCAGCAUAUGUUAUCCUUAAUGCACUCCUUCGGUCUGCAAAAGCUGAUUCUGUCGGGCUAAUCUUAAGUGAUGGCUCUGAGAUUACAUCUGACAAUAGACCUAAAAACACCAUCUUUGAUUGGUUCUUUGACCCGCUUAUGGUUAUAAAGGAACAGAUCAAAGCUGAGAAUCUCACUGACGAAGAGGAAGAGUAUCUGAAAAUGUGUGUGUUGUUGGCUGGUGAUCCAAGUCGCCUGAAAGGCUCUCUGCCUCAUGUUCCAUCCUUGAUUGAACGUAAAAAGGCAGAUAUAGACGCAUUCACUCGCAGGUUGCAAGGAAUCACAAAGUCGAUAUCUAGAUAUCCUACAUCAAAGAGCCGCUUCGACGUCCUUGUGAAGGCGCUCUUGUCAGAGCUGGAGAGGACGAUGGGUCAAUCUGGCAAUGGAUCCCAGUCCCAGGCGCACAGGCUGCGAAACUCGGUAGCCCGGAUGCUGAGCCAGAAAUCUAUGGGCAAGACUGCCAACAUCAGGGAAAAGAGGAAAAGAAGGAACUAUCUCUAAAGAAUGAUCGAGCAGGCAUGUGGAUUCUUGUUGCUAAGUUGAAAAGAGGGGCUUUAGACAUAUCUGAUUUGAAUGUUGAUGAUCGAACUAAAGUGUAAGGGCGUAGCGAUCACCACAUUGUUGUCUCAUAAUCGGUGUUAAUGAAAAAUAACAUGGUGUUGCACGAAAUCUCUACUUUCUCUUGUAAGAAGGAUUGUUCUAUCGGCAUAAUUUGAUUUGCA